CUCUUUCUCUCUUCAAUUCCCAUGCAAAGCCUUGGAUUAUUGCGCUCACGCUGCACGGGACAAUUACCAACCUCUAAGCGAUGGGUGUUUUGCGCUGCCUUUUCGCUCGUAAUGUGACUGAAUUCAAGGACGUUGCUUGAUGCACAACCCAAUCGAAAGCCUCAACUCAUCAACCUGGACCUUCUUUGAAGAGCUCUGCUUCAGGCCAGGCUUUCCAAUAUGUCGGAAUCAACGAAUGCAACAACAUGGGCACCCAAUUACGGCGCCGUCACGCAUAUCAACUGCGUCUAUCCGAUCUCUGGCACCUACGGCCUCAUGCCACGGCUCCUGUUCUACGUGACGCUGGUGGCCGCCAUCUUCGGGCGCAGUAGAGAAUGGCUGAUCAUUGGCGCGCUGGUGAGCGCACUCACCUACGCAGGCACCGCUGCCAUCCAUAUGAUGACCCUCGUGCGCAGCCGCGUCGGCGUGUUUGAUCUGGACAUCAUGGUGUCAUGGGCGAUCUUGUCGACCGGCGCAUUGGGAUAUAUUGGCAUGAUGCACUGGUCGACUACGCUACGAAACUCACGCGCAAAAGUCGUCAUGAUCCUGUGGGGCAUCCUGGUCGGAAUGGGACUCAUUUUCGGACGGGCUCUGUUGUUCGAUGCGGUGCUGAGUCCGCCUGAGCCGGCGUGUUACUCGACAGACGGUAAAUUGUUGGUGUGGCCCGUUGAGCUUAUUAGUUCCGGAUUCAACUGCACUUACAAGUGUUUUGGGCUGAGCAGGCCGCUGCGCCAGCGGAGCGAGAUCCAGGCUGUGCCGCAUCGCAUGCUGGAUAACAAGUACACGCACCUGGCGCUGGUGCUGGUCGGACCGAUUCAGUUCGCAGCAUAUGCGGCGAUUAGUCUGGACAGUUUGGAGCAUACGCCUAGCAUCAUGUGUCAGAGGUAUGUGAUGGCUUAUCUGCUACGGGACGGGAAUGGGUACAGACAGGAGGAGAUGACCAAGGUGGUGUACAAGGCGAGCAUGGAGAGUUGGUAUGGUGGAUACUUUGUGCUGUUGGGCUACGUGAGACGGGUGAGAUGGAGUUGGAUCAAGUUGCUCUGGGCGAGUUUGCUGUUGCCGUGGUUGAUGUUGAGUUUUGCGAUUGAUGUCUUGUGUUUGCCGUUGAUGGUGACGAACAUCGUGCUGAACGAGGUGACCCUGUUGAGUGGUGGAUUUCCGGUGAAUGAGGCGGACGUUGCGAUUGGGCAGUGGGGACCGGUUGUGAGUGCUUGUCUUGUGGUGAUUGCCGCGUGCGUGAAUAAGGGACUGGAGUGGUGGGAGUUGAGGCAGAAGAGGAGAAGAGAGAGCAGGAUAGGGGAUGGAGUUGGGGAGGUCGAGGAGGUGAGGAUUGAUUCUGGAGAGAAAAGGGAGGAGGAGGCUGGAGAUGGACAGACAAUAGGUGUGGUCAAACCGAAGCUCGCACAUGUCCAGACACUGCGGGAUAUGGAGGAUUGAUGAGGCCAAAGUGAGCAUGGUAGGAGGACUAUAUCUCGAUAUUCUUACCUUACCUUGGGUGUCUUAGAUACCCAGGUAGUUAUAAUGUUCGCGUUGCCUGUUGACCAUGAAGCGCUGAAGGUUCUCCCUUUGGCUUUGGGAGUUCAGGUUCUUGCGAGUCCCCAUCCCGAGAGGACGUGCUAUGUCCCUGGGACUCCUCAACAGGUAUAUGAGUCAUGUUUGGUACGCACGAAAGGACGGAUGUAAUUUGUGGUUAUUUCAAAUGGUGU